AUGAAAUUAAUAUUGAACAGUGUCAGUAAAAUUAAUAAGAGAACAAUGUCAACGCCAAUUGAGAUUUUAUGGAAAGCAGCAUUAAAAACAUUUACAGGACAAAAAAAUGUCGGAUAUAAAUUUUGUCAACAAAAUUUCGAGAAAUUGUACACUCUCAUUAAUGAAAUUAAAGCUGAUGAUGUUAAAUUAACUCCCGAUGUCCUUCGUUACGUACAAUUUCAAUCGGCACCAAUGUGUUUUAUUGAUAUCUUUGAAAAUGAGGAUAUCUCAAUUUCUGUUUUUAUUUUGAAACAUGGAGUUACAAUGCCCAUACAUGAUCAUCCUGGAAUGCAUGGUUUAUUAAAGGUUCUUAGUGGAGUUGUAAAUAUAAAUAGUUACACAAUUCAAAGUGACAGUGAUUACCUUGUAAAUACCGAUAAGAAAAUAGAAGCCACGAGUCAUGCUACAGAAACAGUCAAUAAAAAUGAUCCAGCUUGUAUUUUAACACCUCGCGAUAAGAAUUUACAUGGAAUAAGUUGUGUUGAAGGACCAGCGGCAUUUUUGGAUAUUCUCAGUCCUCCGUAUAAAGUGGAUAUGUAUGGCCAAGGUGAGAGGCCAUGUACUUACUUUAAUGUUAUUUCAUCGAACGAAACGUCGAAAAGUGAGAAAAUAUCCGAUCAAGUACAAUUAAUUGUAACCCAUAGUCCAGAAAAUUUUUAUUCACAAACUUUAAAAUACACCGGACCGACUUUAAGUUGACUCACAUCUAAUUCAACAAACGAAGAAUAGUCAUUUAAAGAGAUUUCAAUCCAAAAGUUGUGUUUUUUCCAAAUUCCCAAGAAAUAAAAUUUCGACUCUUGUAUUCUUAUUGGUUUGGAUGAGUUAGUUUUUUUUAUAUAUAUAUAAUUGUGAAUCAAAAAUACUAUUUAAGUUAUUUAAUUCAAGACAUUCCUGAAGAAUGCCUUAUUUUUUUUUACUAUUAAAAAAUUAUUUUUUGUUUUAUUUUUGUACCAAAGCAUAGGAAAUUUAUUCCAAAUAUUAAAAGAGCUUCUUUACAAGAUUUGUAUAUUAACAUAAUUUCUAUAUUAUGAUUGAUUUCGAUUAAGUUACCUUUAAAUUGGGCUAUGCGAAAAAUUAUUUCUAAUAAAUUAGCGAUAAUCUAUAAUAUUGUACUUAAUGUGUAAUAAUGUAAAUUUUUAAACAUUAAAAAUGAAGCUACUAAUUU